GACAUGACGAAAUGACGAACCAUCUUUGACUUCAUUCUUCCUCAAACAUGAGCUCUAGCUUGCAGCCUUCCUUAUUAUACCAUGACCUCUCUUCUCCGCUAUAUCCCACCAACAUACCUGGUUUAUCCUUACUGGCUAUCCGACUUCCCCAUCCCGUCCGGGUAACUUCCCUUCGGAUCACUCCUGAAGGUGUUUUGUCAACGUCGGGAAUUGGCCGGACAGUACCUGCACGAUGGAAUGGACGACUUUUACUGAAUGUUUUAGGUUCAGAACCUAUCAACGCUCUAUCACAAACGGAGAUAUCGUACGAAGAAGCAGGUUGGGAACAGGAAUACCCUAUAGACAUGCCUGAAGGUGUGACCACCAGACUUUUAAUCUUACAAACUCCAGCGACAUGUAUCACCCUUUCGGUGUACGGCUAUGAUCCCACUUCAUCUCCUACCGUCACGACAAAUGUGGGAUCUUCAAAAGUGAAUACGAGAAGUGAAAAGGUUUCACUUCCCCCCAAUGGACGAUUUCUCGAUCUACUAGAUGAUUCUUCCUCUCGAUCCAAGACGACAUACGCUCUUCAAGUGCUCGAAGUGUUGAUCUCUAGUGUCGAAUCCGACAAAGUCUUACAAGAAGUAAUACAACAUCCAACAGCUACAGAUUGGUUAUUAUCUCAACCUAGUUAUCCACCAAUACCCCUUUUACAACAUCUACUCGCUGAUCCUCAAUAUGCUCUACAUCCUAAAAUGCGACAUUACUUACCUCCUUCACAUCCUCUCCGCUCGUUGGUCAAUGGAACAGAAACUAAUCGAAGGGACAACGCAUGGAACCGAUUAGACGCCGCUGGUCUCAUGAUCUUAAAAGAGAUCGGUCCUGGGGAUAUUUGGGAAGUUCAAGGGGAGAAGAGUCGAUAUAUGCUUUUACUGGAGAAAGCCCGUUCAUGGGCAGCUGAAGAGUCUAAAGGUGUCAAACGAAGUUUGGAACUAGCAUUGGACAUAUUGACUUUACCGACUGAACGAGAAAUCUUUUCACUCCAAGCCGAACAACUCGCUAAACUCGUCGUCAUCUCUCGAUGUAGAGGUUCAUCCAGAACCCUAUCUCUUCCUACACGACAUGCGAGAAACAUUGUGAAAUCUUUACUGGAAAUCUCUACUCAAGUCAUUUCUAACACUUUGGCUUUCCCUCACUGCAUCGCCCUCGUCAAACCUUACUUGUCAUAUCUCACUUUGGAUGAUCCCCUCGUCACCAUCUGGAAACAUACGCAUACACGGACAUCAUCUCCAUCGUCACACGGCGAAACGCCCGAAGAAAGACGACUUUAUCGAUUAUCUCGGUCCAUAUCCUCCCUCGAAUCCGACGCAUUGGUUCACUCUGUCACGACGGAGGAAAUGAUGUCUUUGAUGACGCCCUGUUUCCUCGCAGAUCUUCGUAUGGCCAGAGUGCCACCUUUGGGCAUUUCAUCCACGACGCCCGCAGUCAACCCCGGUGCGGGUAAAGAGUCACAGAUCCAAACUGGGUCUACGUCUGCGUCGGCUUGGGCGGGUAAAGUAUACUCUUCACAUCAAUUCCGAAACCGUGAUUUGGCGCCCCAGGGGACCAUGUCUCGGCCUGCAAGCAGACACGUCGACGAGUAUGGAGUCAAGGGUUGAAAACGGAGAUGUGUUUGGGGUGUUGUGAAAGAAAGCAAAAGUGUGAGAUUUGAUCAUGCAUCCAAGUGACUUUCUUUUU